CUGGAGAACGAGGAGACGGUGCUGGAGCUGUGGUCCCGCAUGGACGGCGGCGUGCCCCUGCUGCUGCGCGUGGUGCACGUCGUGCAGCUGAAGCUGGCCUCCGCCGACGCGCGGCAGUCCGGGAAGGUCCUCUUCCUCGGGUGGCAGCAGACGGGAGACGGCUUCGUCAAGCACAUCAACCGGCCAAUGUCCAGGAAGCUCAGCAUGAGGGACGUCUCCGGUCCGGGCAAAGGCUGUUUCACCCAGCAGCAGUUCACGAGGUACGCGAACCUGGCCGUCCAGGAGCAGCUCGGGCACCUCACUGACACGCACGCGCGGGUGGGCCCGACGAGCCCUCCCGAGAGGAUACAAGGCUACCGCCCCGCGGUGACCGCCAGCAACAUAGAGUUUGACGAUUACCGGUACGACCUCGAGGACUCUCCCUCGUUCAAGGGCAUGGCGACCAUGUACCACCUCUACACCGUAGACGUCGUGUGCGACGGCCUCCCGGUCACCGACUUCGUCAGCGUGGUCACGCAGCGUGGGGCGAUGAUGCUGUACGGCUGGAGCUGGAUUACAUGGCAGCAGAGCCUCGACAUCCUCCACGCGAGGGCGCAGCUGAGGGAACACCAGAAGAACAAGCAGUUCGAGAGGCUGCGGAAGGAGAGCAAGGUGGGCUUGGAGUGCCUCGCGGAGCUCUCGCGCGCCACGUCGGGGCUCCGCAAG